CGUAUGACUAUCUGGGGGGAAAGGCGCUGUUUUCUUUCCAGGUAAGCUUACUUGGUUGGGACGUGAUGCAAAGAUGCGCAUCUAUCCGUUAUUGGUCCUCCUUGCCUGUGCGCCUGUACUCGUACUAGGUUAUCGUUCAGGUCUAGUGACAGACAGCUGCGAUGAUAUGAUACCACUCCACCAGGGCACAAACUCAUCAUCGAGUCCUCCACCGUACACCAUUACUACAGACGGAACCCAAUAUAGCGAAGGAGACGAAAUCACAGUGUCUCUCAGGGCAGAAUCAGUACCAUUCGAGGGUUUCCUGUUGCAAGCCAGAGAAGUUGGAGGGAGGUCUCCUGUGGGGUCUUUCUCUGUGUUGGGAGCAGAGAGUAGGCUUCUGGAAUGUGCUGGACUUUCUAACUCAGCCGUUUCUCACUUAUCUGGUGCGAAAAAAAACUCGAUUGAAAGCAAAUGGAGGGCUCCUCAGUCGGGUCAGCUCAAAGACAUAGAGUUCAGUGUUACGUUUGUACAAAACUACCCUAACUAUUGGGUUGGGGUCAAAAGUCCAGUGGUUGUCUUCAACACCUCCAUCUCCAACCCCUUACCCUCUCUACAUCCAAAUGAACCAGUCUCCAGUGUUGGCUGUGGAGGAAGUAAGGUCUGCUUUAGCCGACCCCAAAACUGUGACCCCGCCAGCAGCUCUGACUGUUACUUCAUGUCUGUCCAUGAAGCACCUACUGAUUCGUCACUGAAGUUUGAGAUAUAUGGUGCAUCAGAAGGGUACAUCUCUAUUGGAUUCUCUGAUGAUAAGCAGAUGGGAAAUGAUGAUAUUUACAUAUGCGGAAAGGAUAGCAACAGUAGCAUUCAAGUACAGCAUGCCUAUUCUACAGGAAGAGGGGCUCCAACAAUCCUGCCACUGGAAAACAUUUCGCACAUUAAAACAUCAUUUGUGGAUGGAGUUAUCAGCUGUACCUUUGUAUCCAAGAAUACUAUCGCCAUCCAGAGGAAUGGAGUUGGAUCUGUUUACUACAUCAUGUUCGCCUAUGGCCUCACAUCAAAUGGUAAACUUUUGUAUCACAGAAGGUCAGUAUUUAUCAGUGAACAAAAAAUUGACAUCACCAGACCUCAAGUUGUCACCAAAUCACAGCAACCUCAAAUCAUCAAAGCACACGGUGCAUUGAUGCUAAUCGCUUGGAUGACAACAGGAAGCCUUGGCAUGCUCAUCGCACGGUAUCUGAAGGCAGUCACCAAGGGAAGAGGAUGCUUGGGUAAAGAUCUGUGGUUUCUGGCUCAUGUCUUCCUUAUGGUCCUCUCCGUGGCUGCCACCAUCAUUGCUUUCAUCUUGUCUUUCUCUCAUGUGAAGGGUUGGAGUGGGGGGUCACAUCCAGUACUUGGCUGUUUGGUCAUGAUCUUGGCCUUUAUUCAGCCUUUGGGAGCCUUUUUUCGCUGUGGGCCACAACACCAGUGGAGAUUUGUUUUCAACUGGUUGCACACUAUGACAGCUGUCGCAAUCAAAGGCCUGUCAGUGGCAGCCAUCUUUACAGGCUUGUAUCUGGUUGACAGCUCCCAGGAGGGAUGGAUGCAGAAGGUGAUGGGAGGGUUUGUGGCCUGGGAAGCACUGCUGUUUGCCCUGCUAGAUCUACACAUGAGGUGGAGACAGAAAGAUGAAGACGGAGUCGUCUUUGAAUCAGUAAACAUUGAAUUGAUUCUCCUGACAGUGUUUUUCCUGGGCAAUCUGGCCUUUCUCAUUACCCUGUUGAUUGGCAUUGGAAUGACGUAGGUAUCUCCAAAGCAGCAGUCUACGAUCAAAACAAACGAAUUAAGCAACUCUAUCAAUUUGUCAAUUUAUCAAGUUUAUAUAAUUUUGCCAAAUUUUGUUUUAAGGAAAUGAUUAAUA